CAAUCUCAUCCCUUAAAACUAGUGCUACUCACAAUUUAUUUCAUCACGCAUCCCCAAGCUCAUCCCCGCCGCACUUUAACAUCUGAGUUCCUACCUAACUCGACCAUCCAAUAUGGCAUCACUUAUCGACAGCUUGACUGCCUCUGGAGGCUCCGAACCAGCAGGCUUUCUCAAUGACAUCAUUAAGCAAUUGUGGCCGAACAUAAGUGUGGCUGGUGCCAAUAUCGUAAAGGAUGUUGUAGAACCCAUCCUUGCCUCAACACUUCCGGGUCCCCUCUCUAGCCUGCAUUUCGUCAAGCUCGACUUUGGGCAUGUCCCUAUCCAAUUCUCCAAUGUAGACGUCCACAAGACGGCUACUCAGGGUAUAAAACUUGAUCUGGAUCUACACUGGGAGGGCGAGUGCGACAUCGAGCUGGAUGGGAACCAUGUCCCUAAAAUUGGCAUCGAGAAAGUUCACCUGAAGGGCAGACUCAGCAUAUUGCUGUGCCCGCUGACGAAUAUCGUUCCCCUGAUCGGCGCCGCGCAAGUUGCCUUCAUCAACCCACCCAGCCUCAAGCUUGACUUCACUGAUGCUGCGAACAUCGCCGACUGCUUCCUGAUCGAGAAAACCGUCCGGAACACCAUCCUAAGCAUCAUUUCGAGCAUGGCUGUUCUUCCCAACCGCUUCCUUGUCAAACUCGACGCCAAUAAUGACUACUUCAAAACAUACCAGCCUCACCUUGGCAUUCUCCGUCUGACAGUCGAGAAGGCAACUGGCAUAACGGCUCCAAAGAAGAGCGGCGCUUCGAGGCUACUGGCUAAGAUUGUCAAGGAUGUCCCUGACUGUUAUGUCAAGGUCAACAUCGGUGCUGAGGGGGAGUGGCGCACCUCGGUCCAGAAGAACAACCACGAGCCGGCAUGGAACGAAACGCAUGAUUUCCUAGUGACGGAUUACGAGCAGAGUAUUUCAGUUGACAUCCAGGACGACGAUCUGGCUGGCGAUGACGACAUUGGACUCGGGUAUACUACCAUCAAGGAGGUCCUACUAAACGGCGGCUCACACGAACUGAACCUUACCCACAAAGGCGAACACACUAACGCUAAACUAGUGAUACAUGCAAAGUUCUACAAUCUCGUCGCUGAUGCUUCCCUCUUAUCCGCGCAGGAUAGCGAACGCAAGGGCCAGAUCUGCGGGCUUGUCACGAUUCUAAUUGCCAGUGUCCUCGGCCUCUCAGGACAGCGCGACGGGCUAAACCCCAGCGUCAAGGUGGCAUGGGGUGGUAAAGAGUUCCAGACCGUAGCCAAAACUUACAUCCCAGGAGUGGACAUCUUCAACCCAUCUUUCGACCAGGCUUUUAAAAUCCCUUUGAAUACAGAUAUGAUUGCCAGGCCGACGAGCUUCAAGAUCUCGCUGAUGAACAAGCAAGACGAGUCCGGAAGUGUUGAGGUGGCCUUCCAGGAUGUAUUUGACGCUCCUGGUAUGGUCAAGGAAGGCAUCUUCGACGUUGGUUCCGGUGCCUCAGUGAGAGCUAGCAUCUCUGUGCGCGGAAUUCAACUGGCUGAAUGAUUUACGCUGGGUACGAGAGAAUAGCGAGAAUAGCGAGACAUACUGCGCUCUGUCUCAAAAGCGGACUCGGAGCGCAUGUCUGAGUCAGGAUUCUGCAUGUAAAUCAU